UUAUCAUCCGCGUUCCAUCUCCCUGAAGCCCACAGAUCUCUCCCUCGCGCUCCGUGCUAAGUUCAUCUUCGGUCUGAUCUCGAGGUCGAACGCCGCGCGCCAACGGAUCACGACUCCGCAGCCCCCACGCGCUUGGAUCCGCGUUUCACGUCGCCAUCGAUCGUAGUUUACCCUUUUAGUUUAGUCCAAUUAUUUAGAAGAUCUGGUUCAAGCCUGCGCCCUCGACCGCCCUACAUCGGCUUCCGGAUCGCAUUCCGCCAACAGAUUCGAUUCCGCCGACCCUAGCUCCCCGAGAUAUGCAGCAUGUAAUUUGGUGUUUUAAAAAUUGACAAACAUUUGUGUUUUACUUGGGGAUUCCUUGAGUACAAUGGAGCCACAGCUACUUGAGCAAACAUCUUCACCUCCCGUUACAUCCCCUGUCAAUCAAAGUUCUACUUCUCCUAGACAAGAUGCUUCUGCACGAGACACGCAAUCUAUUUUUUCCACUUCUGGUAUAUCCUCAUGGGCCAGAAAUAUUAAAUUGCCUCAGUCAUCUGGCCAAGACGAUGUGCAGUCUGUAAAUGCAGGAAAGUCAACAUUUUCACGUUUAACUAGUGGAAUUGGGUUUCGUUCAUCUCCAAAAUCUCCUCAGUCUGAAGAGACUGUUGCUGAGGGCACCUCAACAACCACUCAACCUGGAGUUUUUGGAUCAUUGACAAAAGGCUUAGUUGAUACAUCGAGAAGUGCAGUAAAGGCUGUCCAAGUAAAGGCUCGGCACAUGGUUUCUCAAAACAAAAGAAGAUAUCAGGAAGGUGGAUUUGAUUUAGAUAUGACAUACAUUACUGAGAAUAUCAUUGCUAUGGGCUUCCCGGCAGGUGAUAUGAGCUCAGGCUUUUUUGGAUACGUUGAGGGAUUUUAUCGCAACCAUAUGGAAGAAGUGAUCAAAUUUUUUGAAACUCAUCAUAAGGGUAAGUAUAAAGUAUAUAAUCUAUGUUCAGAGAGGCUUUAUGAUGCAUCUCUAUUUGAGGGAAAGGUGGCUUGCUUCCCUUUUGAUGAUCAUAACUGCCCUCCAAUUCAACUUAUUAUAUCAUUCUGUCAAAGUGCCUACUCAUGGUUGAAAGAGGACAUUGAAAAUGUGGUUGUUGUUCAUUGUAAAGCUGGUAUGGCAAGGACAGGGUUGAUGAUUUCUAGCCUUCUUCUGUAUCUUAAGUUCUUUCCUACUGCGGAAGAGUCCAUGGAAUAUUACAACCAGAAAAGAUGUAUAGAUGGAAAGGGACUUGUUCUCCCAAGUCAGAUUAGGUAUGUCAAAUAUUUCGAACGAAUCUUGACAUACUUCGAUGGUGAAAAUCAGCCAGGUCGCAGGUGCAUGCUUAGAGGUUUUCGUCUUCAUAGGUGUCCUUAUUGGAUCCGGCCUUCAAUCACUGUUUCCAAUCAUAAUGGAGUCCUUUUCUCGACAAAAAAGCAUCCGAGGACCAAAGAUUUAAUGCCUGAAGAUUUCUGGUUUAGUGCACCAAAGAAGGGGAUCAUGGUGUUUGCUUUGCCAGGUGAGCCUGGUCUGACGGAGUUGGCUGGUGAUUUCAAAAUUCACUUCCAUGAUCGACAAGGAGAUUUUUACUGCUGGCUAAAUACAACAUUCAUGGAGGACAGAAAGAUUUUGAAUACUUCUGACCUUGACGGCUUUGACAAGAGAAAAUUACCUUCUCCGGGAUUCCAGGUCGAGGUCGUGCUUGUGAAUUAUGAUGGGUCUAAUCCUCCACGACAAAGUAGUUCAAAUGCCAACAAGGAAUCUGCAGGGGGCACCACAUCUGUUACUGCAACAAAAGAAAGUAGCACUCCACCUUCUACAGCCAAUAGGGACUCUGGAAAUCAAGACAAAGACGAUGUCUUCUCGGAUAGUGAAGCGGAAGAGACUGGGUCCUCCAAGAGCAAGCGUGACAGGAUGGUUGGUGAUAAGGAUGGAACAACAGUUACAGCAAAGGGAAUUGAAAUAAAGUCUUCAAAAGAGGAAGCCGCAACUAUAUCACAAGACAUUAGUCAAAUUUCACUAAAAGAUGAAGCAGACGGUAAAAAGAAUCCUGAUGCUGCUGAUGCGAAAAUUGAAGGGAGCAGUAAGAGUUCAAUAGCAGAGACCCCUGAACUGGAGUCCACCACCAUGAGUGAAUUCAAGGCAAUCGCCGCAGAUGCUUCGGUCUUUUCUUUUGGUGAUGAUGAAGACUACGAGAGUGAAUGAGCCUAGCCAUUUAGCAUUCAUCAGAAUGUAAAGAUAAAUGCAUUCAAGGACAUAUUGAUAGAGUUCAUAUAUAUUGGAACUUGAAUGAUGUAUGUGUUAAUCACAUCUGGACAAUGUGGAAAGGGUGGGAAAUUGGCUUGUUACUUGCAUUUCAUGGUGUGUCUGGCUCUCUAUUCACACCAUUGAAUACUUGAUACCAGUGGGCUGACAGUAUUCCCUCUUCUGCCUUGUUCAGACUUGUUUAAGAUUGAGAAAACUCUUUAAGAUUGGGAUUUCAAA